CCGUUUUUUUAAUUAAACAAGCACAAAACGUAAAAGCCCUAGAAUAGCCUCGGACUCCAUCUCUUCACGUCUCUACAGUUAUUCUUCGUCGUUUCUGCAGAGUCAUAGCGUCGCCGCCGCUGCUACAAGAGCUCUCGCCUCUUUUGUUCUCGCUGUGAAAGAUAAAGCUUGAUUUUAUUCUACCACUUAUAUUCAUCAAGCUUAAUCUUGGAACUGCACGAUGUUGUUGGAUGAGAGCGAGUUUGAUGUCCACUUGAAGCUUUGGGUGCUUCGAAUUCCUUGCCAACAUUGCAAACUCGCCACUCGAAUACUCAAUGGUUACAUGCUUGAUAAGCCCCGGGUCAAACCCAUCACUGAGGACCCGACAUGUUGUAAAAACCGUUACAUUAUUCUCUCCGAGAAAGUUCAGAACCAAGAUUUAUCUGAUAUUCCGAAGGAAAAGCUCGAUGAGCUUAAGGGCUUGUGUGAGAUUGAAGUUGUGCCCUACUCAUUAACACUAGGGUAUUCAUAUUGGAGUGCUGAUCAUGUGCUUAAGCAGAUACUGCCUGCUGGAGUUGAGGUUCCCUCAUCCUUUGAAACAAUAGGUCAAAUUGCCCAUUUAAACCUACACGAUGAAUUACUUCCCUACAAAGAUGUUAUUGCAAAGGUUAUUUUUGAUAAAAACUAUCCAAGAAUCAAAACCAUUGUUAAUAAAGUGGGAACCAUUACAAAUGAAUUUCGUGUUCCAGAAUUUGAAGUUUUAGCAGGAGAACAUGAUAUGGUUACAGAAGUGAAGCAAUAUGGUGCCACUUUUAAGCUUGAUUACAGUUUGGUUUAUUGGAAUUCUAGAUUGGAACAUGAACAUAAAAGAUUGGUUUCUCUGUUCCAACCUGGAGAGAUCAUUUGCGAUAUGUUUGCGGGUAUAGGUCCUUUUGCAAUUCCUGCAGCCCAAAAAGGAUGCCUAGUCUAUGCAAAUGAUUUGAAUCCAGAUAGCAUUCACUAUCUGAGGAUCAAUGCCAAAGUCAACAAGGUCGAAGAUCGCAUAUAUGCAUACAACACGGAUGCUAGAAAAUUCAUCUCCCAGCUGAUGGAGGUGCCAACUUCUGAUGUUAAAUUAGAAUGUAAUGUUCCAUGUCUGAAUACAUGUGAGUCAUGCAAUACAAAAGAUGAUGUUGAAACAAGUGCGGAAACUGCCUUGCUAAUUGUUGAUAGAAAGGGCAUAGGAGAUCGCAAUAACAACAGUUUAGAGGAUGUAGAAUGUCCAUCAAAGCAUGAUGAUACAUCUGUAACUUCUGCUAAGAGAUCUUCUAGUAGUUCCCAUGAAGAGAAUGGAAAGACUCAUGAAACUGAUAGCUUUGAAGGUGGCGGGAAAAGAGGAAGCCAAAACAAGAGAAUGAGAGGUUUCGAGUUCACUGACACAAAAACUUGGGAGCAUAUUGACCACGUAAUAAUGAACCUUCCAGCAUCAGCUGUUCAGUUUCUAGAUGCAUUUAGGGGAUUAAUCCAGAGGAAAUAUUGGAAAGGAAAUCUACCAUGGGUCCACUGCUAUUGCUUCAUUAGAGCAACUGAAACUCCAGAGACGAUAAUAGCUGUGGCAGAGUCUGCUUUGAGUGCCUGUAUACAAGACCCAAUAUUUCAUCGGGUUAGGGAUGUAGCUCCAAACAAGGCAAUGUUUUGUUUAAGCUUCAGGUUGCCAGAAGCAUGCUGUAGGGAAGAUGAUCAAUAACAAGAGCAUGUUUUCUUGAUGCUGCUGAAGAGAUAUUAGGUUUGAAUGAUUUAUUACUCUAGUUUUCUGGGUAUAACAGGGCCAUGCUUGUGUGUAGAUCGAUUCAAUUCCGUGCCAUGCUAUCUGACUCAGAAAAGCAUAGUUAAAAGUGAAAAAUCAGCAAAAAGAAUAGGUCACUCUUCACAUUGUUUCCUUUUCCUCUUUUCCCUCUUCACACACACACAGACACACACACACACACACACUAACUCUAGGGGCUUGUUGAUUCUUCUAGAAAGAAGUUCUUAGCUUGCCUAAUCAUAUGUUGUGAUGAAUUGGUGACUGUUUUUGAGCAAUGAUUAAAGCUGUAGAUAUUUCCCCAGUUAUAUGAGAGUUAGUAUUUUACAGCAUCCUACUUUAUGUUCUCAAGCUUUCCUUAGUGAUUGAUAAACAAUGUUGGGAUUUAAGUU